CCGACCAUGAUUCAAAGGCUGGGAAUUGCCACCGCGAGUUCAUGUGCCCCAGCUCGCAAUUUAUUUAGUGCCGCCCGCGUCCAGUCGCAGGUAUGGCGACUGUGCUUGGAUGCCGAUCAAGAUAAGUCCCUCCGCCCUCUGGUGUCACCUCAGAUGCAAGUAUUUAGUUCUGGUUCCGCCACAAAAAAGGGAAAUACUUAUUCAUGAGUAAAAAAAAGAAAAAAGAGAAAGGUGACCCUCCAAUUUCAUGUUCUCUGGCCUUGACUCAUCCGCAAGUAUGUAUGUAUUGCCAUGAGAUUGAGACGCAGAUGGGCUGGUCGGGAAGGUGGGUGUGCAAGAAGCUUUCCCUACUUGUCCUAGGCGAAGUCAAAAAGGGAAGAAAGCAGUCAGCCCAGAUACUUUUGCAUCUGCCACCUGCAACCAUU